AUGUCAUCAAUUUUCCAACCUCGAACUGAAGGGUUCAAUGAAUCAGAAACGGUUUCCGGUACAUCCAAUGCGGAGGAGCUCACAAAGAAUAAAAACUAUUGUGUAUCACGAUUGCCAGGUUUACCCAAUGUUUUCAUUACCACGUCGUUCUCAACUGCUUACUCAGAUUCAGAGUCCAACUAUGCAGUAGCCAUUAGCGAUGGAUCCAUCUAUGUGUGGUGCUACAAGUCAAUUGAUUCAUCCCCCUUUGCAAUCCAAUUUCCUGUUGACAAGCAACAGUUCAAGUUGCCAAUGGCCAUUUUGACUCGCCCGGCUAGUGGGACAGACCAAGAUCCAGGGCUUUUGAUGAUCGACUCAAUUACUGGACUUGUUAAGUUUUAUGAAAGCGUCCAGCAUGCUCCAACCUUGGGAUUGAUCAACGACAAGUCUUUGGAGUUGCAAUUGCACCUUUAUCCCAACGAAUGCGUAACCUUGGUGGAAAAUGUCGAACCAGCUGGAGUAGCCAUCGCAACUUCUCAGCAAAGGUGUAUUCUUAUCUCGCUUAGAGACUACAAGAGUAAGCCACAAUUGUCAUCGAUAGAAUUGGCCAAUCCACGCAGGGGGUUGUUUUCGAAAAUCUUUAGACACAAUGAAGGCGAUAUUGUGGCAAUAAAAUCGAUUAAAGCUGAAAGUGACGACGUCUUGCAAACCAUUCUUAUUUUAAAUUCAGCCGGAACAAUACACUCAGUGAAGUAUUAUUUGCUAUCCUCACUGACGGCUUCAUACAUCGACGAGUCCUCCUCAUUCAAGCAAACAUUGACCAUGGACCCAGAUGCCUACCCUGGUAGAGUGAGUACGACCGAGUUUUUAGACGUUUGGCCAAUGAGGGAUGAUAAAUACUUUCUUGCCUUGGUGCGAUCAAGUGGUGCAUUGUUGUUGGCAACAUUUCGUGCAGAUAAGUCAGGAGCGCUAUACUUUGGCUCUCAUAAUUUACAUGCCGCUGCUGACAAUGCAGCAACUCCUCGGCUAUUCUUACCGCUGCCUUGCAAAACAGCUUUUGUUAUUGUUGGUAACUCAGUGAUUAUGACUGAUUUGGAUACGACUUAUAUAGAGCCAAAGGACACGUUCACAUACACAAAACCACGUUGGGAAGACGUCAUCCGGUUCAAUCCAGAGGCAAAACUUAUUGGAUAUGGGUAUGAAAAUCAGAACACGAAUACAAACCCCUCCAUUAUAGUGAUUACCGAAAACUUUGGUGUUUUGAGGGUGGAAAAGUUUCCGGAAAUGUCCAAAAAAGAGACCCCGUACGAUCCAGCUCAGCUUGUUAAAUCCAAUAUUGAGCAAGCGAUAUUCUUUUCUGAUUCAAAGGCUAUUUCAUUUGAUUUGAAGCAAGAUGUCGAUAGAUCUGUUGUACAUCGUGCCGUCGCUUCCAUCAUAAAGGAAAUUUUGAGCUCAACAUCGCUGUAUUUGCCCGAUACGCUUCCAAUGACAACAGAUUUGACUCAGCUCAAGUUGAAUGCUUUCAAAGGAUUAGUUGUAUAUUGCCAAAGAAACUUUGCCGAUGAUCCUCAAAUGAUUGCUGGGGUGGUUACAAAUUUGGAAAAGGCGAAUGUUGCUUUGAACUUGUGGGAAUAUCUUGAAACGAAUAGGCCGUACUUGGAGGUAUUUGAAAGGGUUGUACCUGAACCCAGAAUAUUUUUCAAAUCAGAGAUUGGAAAUAUAUCAGAAGUGUUGGCAUCUUUCCUUGAUCAACUAUCGGCAACGGGACUUUCAACUUCUCAUUUGGUGCUUAAAACCAUUUACGAUGGUGCGUACUUGAAUAGUGUGAAAUACAAUCAAGACAUUGGCAAGUCUUGGUUGUUUGAAUCCGACUUACUCAAAAAUAUCGAGUCACAAUUUACUCAAGAUUUUGUUAUGGGUAAUAACAGCGACAAAGAUGCUGCCUAUGGUAUCGUUGAGAUCUUGGACUAUUUUUAUAUCAAUGCGAUCAGGUUUACAAAGGAGAAGAGAAUUGAAGGCGAAUAUCAAGAAUACAGCAAAUUAUACAAUGAAAGAAAAGACGGGUGGACUUCUGCCUUGUUGCGAUUGGGUCUAGUCGAUGAAGCGAGGGUCAUUGCUGAAAAAUACCACGAUUUCGCGUCUCUUGCAAGAGUAUUGGACAUAGAGAGUGAGACGACAGCAAAUGAAAAUUUGAACUACGGGAGAUACUUUGAAGAAUAUGGCUAUCCAUUUGCUGCUAGUGUUUACGAGUAUUUUAUCAAGAAUGGCAAAAUCCAGGAAUUGUUGAUGCGGUUCUCCAACUACAAGCACUUUCUUUUACAAUUUUUCCAAGAAAAUCCCAAAUUGACGUCCAAUGUUUCUUGGAUACGAUACUUGAUUGAUGAAGAUUUUGCACAGGCAUCAAAAGCAUUGGCGUUGGCCGAGUCAUAUAAUGCUGAACUGAUUGAUAAUCAAUUGACACAACUUGCUUUGGGUAAGUUGGCAGCACGUGCAGCUGGUGCGCACACGGAGGAAAGGUAUGAUAAGGAAUUGUUGAAGGUGCGUUACCAAAUCAAAAUUCGCAAUGCAGUUGCUGGAGAUGGAAGAAUUGCUGCCAUUACACAAGCCAAUUUUGUUAAGCAAUUUAUAAAUUCAGGUAUUGACAAAUCCGAAUCUGGGUCCCUAGCAGCGAAUGUGUUCGAUGCAUUGUCGAGUAACCAUCGUUUGCCUGAAUCGCUACUUAUCGAAUUGCUAACUAUUAUUGAUCCCAAGUUCUUGAACAAUGAAGGAUUCUUCUAUGCUUUGAACGUGGCACAAACGUUUUCUAAUAAGGAGUUUACUCAUGAGUUUGUCGAUAUUAUUCUAUUGCGCCUAUUAACAUUAGGAACCGAAUUUACGCUUAGAGUUAGUGGCUCUGACCAAGUGGUGAAGCAUCAAGUUGAAUCAAGUAUUUUGUUCAAAACACUACUGAGACAACCCAGUGUCAUUUCCCAAUUAAACCAGCUAGUCGAGACAGUUGAAUCCAAUGGUAGCUUGAGUCAUUCUGUGUCCAAUUUCAACAAGGGCUUACUCGAUGAGUUGAAGAAACGCCUCAACAAUCAGUCAUUCAAGGAAUGGGUGCACUUGGUUGAACAGCAAGUCAAGACUAGCUUGAAAUAA